UUUUCAUCGUUUUGUUUGGUCGAAUUACCAGCACCCCAGGUUAGUAGUGUUAAAUUGUUUUUCUUACAUGUUCUGCCUUUUCUUUUUAUGUCACUCCAGGUCAUGCAGAAGCUGUACUUUCAGUUGCCUUUAGUCUGGAUGGGCGACAGUUGGCCAGUGGCUCUGGGGACACCACUGUUCGUCUAUGGGAUCUGAACACCCAGACACCGAUGUUUACAUGUACAGAUGGUAAGCAUCUUGUGAGUGAGAGCAAGGCUGGAGAGCUUCAGUGUUGGGAUCCUCAGGCAGGAAAGCCAUCAGGGAAUCUGCUUGUGGUCCACAAAAAAUGGAUCACUGGCAUCUCUUGGGAACCAGUUCACUUGAAUGCUACAUGUCGUCGCUUUGUUAGUGCUAGCAAAGAUGGUGAUGCACGCAUAUGGGACAUAACAUUAAGGAAAUCAAUUAUUUGUCUCAGUGGCCACACACUUGCAAUAACUUGUGUGAAAUGGGGUGGGGAUGGAGUGAUAUAUACUGGGUUCGUGUGCUUUUCUGUUCCACAAUUGUGUGAAAUAUUCAUCGGACAACCUCCAUUCCUAUUCUUAUCUAAGAGCUUGAAAUUUACAAAGGGAAGGUCUUCGGCUGAUCCACCCAAGAAUCCUGGUUUACAUUAUAGCUGAUCAGUACCUGAGAGAACAGAGGACUGGAAUAAAUUGACACUUAAACUACUGGAUGUAGAUGACUUUGUCCCAACUAUUGUCCAGAACCUACUGGAAGCUGAUCAUAUAAACAAGUGAGAUAAAUCCAAUCACUAGAGAAUUGUGUUUAAUUUACUUUUAAAAAUUAGAAGAUUCCACAGUCCAUAACAAAAUUGACUGAAUUUCUUUCCUUCCAUAAACAAGAAGUGGAUGGUGGAUGGGGAUCCUUUCUCGAAGAUUAGCUGGCACUAUCGGCCUUUACACUUUUCUUACCAUCACAGAUUACUCUUUUGACUGAUAUCUGGUCUCAGAAAAUCAAAUGCUGUCAAACUGCGGUUCAUAUCCAUUGCUCUUGCAUUAGCUAUAUAUUUCACCUGUCUUCAUCUCAAUGGUC